UAUGGACGCCGGAGACCUUAAUGAGGAUUCUUGGGAGCAAAUGCAUGAGGACGGUGAUGCCCCAGAGGAUCUGAACGCUUGGGCGUCCAAUGAUCCUCAAAAUAGUAAUGGAGACUGGGCCAGUGAUGAGCAAUGGGAGACGGGCGCUCCUUCCCAGGCACAGAUGGCACCACAACCACCGCAGAAGGGCGGUGGCAACGCUAAGUCUCAAAAAAAGCAGCAGCACCAAUACCAGCAGCAGCAGCAGCAGCAUCAGCAUCAACACCAUCAGCAACACCAACAUCAUCAGCAACACCAACCGCAUCAGCAACACCAACAGCACCAGCAAUCGCAACAUAAUGAUGGAUGGGAAAGCGGCGGCGGAGCUUGGGAAGAUGCUGGAGGAACACCAGCACCAGCGAAAAAGCAGAUCUCGAAAGGUAACUGGAGUCAAACCACUCAGCGUGCUAUGGAGGAGCCUGCCUGGAGUAAUUGGGGCCACGAAGCUGGCUGGGAACAAGGCGGAGAUUCCUCGGAAAUCGAGGAAGAAGCAUGGCCCGCUGAGGACGACGGAUGGGGUCCGCCAGCGACGGCCUGGCCACAACAGCAGUCUACCCAUGCACCACAGGCGUACGCUCAAAAGCAGUCUGCUCAUGCACCACAGGUGUAUGCUCAGCGUCAACCGAGUCAGCAGAGCAGUUGGCAGACGUGGGGCGAAGAGGCACGAAGAUUACCCAAGGUGACUUUUUAUUCCACUAUCUAUCCUCUCCCAGCCCUACUUGGAAUAUCACAGUCCUAUCUCAGUUACAAAGAUACCGUUGCUUAAUAAGUCACAACAGAGUCAACAGCCGUAUGCUGCU